GGGAAAUCUGUACCAGAAAGGUGUCCUCCCUUGUGGCAUUUACUACCUCAAGAAUGUGUUAGAGGAGAGCAUCACGUACUUAAACAAGCGGAAAUCGGAGAAAAAGAAACUGCUGCGCUGUCUUUCUUGUGAAGAUGAACACGGCAAAACGGUUCUAUUCCCGAUGGACGGCAAUAGAUCUUUCUACGUGGCCAAGCCUGGGUCGAGGUUCCCGAAAGUUCAUUUAGACAGUUCAUCUCAUUUUCGUGUGUAUCGAUGGACCGACUUUGAGGCGCCUCGUCUGAAAGGCUUUCGUGUGAAAAUGAAGCACGGAACUCCCCCAAAGGAAGACUGCCACUUUACAGGGUUCCUAGAGUUUCGUCACGUGACCGAAGACCAUAAUGUGAUUGGCUGCACAAUGACAUCAUCGCCUAGGUUGUUUGAGAUGGCGGUGACGACGGAACCUUAUUUCAACGUCGCUAUGAAUUCUGGGAGUUUAGACACUACGGAUUCGUUGCAGCAGAAGUGCUUGAAGUACGCACGGCAAGAAAGCCAACUCUACUUGAACACCAUCAAAGUUCGAAAAGAUUACGACAUCGAACAACCGGAUGCGGAAAUCAAAGAAUGACUGCUCUGUACACUUGUGGUGUUUCAUUUCCUACAUCUUUUGUAAAUAUCAUGUUGCAUUCUGUCUUUCAUUUCUGCUCAUUUUAGCUGUUCAAGGAGAUUCAAUAAAUGCUUUUAAACUUUCAAAUUA